CUCCUCGCUGGAACCUGCCAAACAAUGAAGGUCUCUUUCCCUCUUGCUUCUCUGGCCCUUCUUUCUGGCUUCCAAGUGGUUUCUGCGCAUUAUAUCUGGACUACUCUUGUCGCUGGCGACACAGUUUCCAAAACGGCGGUUCGCCAGCCUCCGAGUAACUCUCCCGUCCUGGACGUGACUUCUGACGAUAUAAGAUGCAACGUCAGCCCAGCCAAUGCCACUGCGACGGUCUCCGUUGCUGCUGGUGACAUUGUUGGAUUUCAACUCGACAACACUAUCUACCAUCUAGGCCCUGCUGCGCUUUACCUUGGCAAGGCUCCUUCGACUGCUGCUGACUGGGACGGAAGCGGUGCCAACUGGUUCAAGAUCGCUGAAUGGGGAGCAGUAUUCGAACCUUCCUUCUCCUUCAUUGACUACGGCGCCAGCGCUCUGAACGCUACCAUUCCUUCCAGUGUUCCUGCUGGCGAAUACCUCGCCCGUAUUGAACAGAUUGGUCUUCAUGUAACGGGAGCUCCUCAAUGGUACAUCUCUUGUGCACAAAUUUCUAUUACAGACGGAGGAUCAGCUAGCCCCGACAUGGUUGAGAUCCCUGGAUACGUAGACGCUGAUGAUCCCGGACUGACCGUUAACAUUUAUUACCCUACGCCCACGGCUUAUACGGUCCCUGGACCGACCGUCUUCUCGGAAUAAAUUCCGAUUCGAGUAUACCUUCUGUUUUUCAAGACGUUACGUAGAUGUGUUUUAUGGAAGGAUUUUUAUUGGCUCAAGUAACCAAUUGUUUACAGUACGUGAGAUUUGAAC